AUGGACGCUCUUGAAAAGGUUCUCGCUUUCCUGAUCUAUGGGCAAGUCUUAUUCCCUCGUUAUGACAAAAUUGUUGAUGUGAUUGCCAUUAAGGUUUUUAUCAGCAACAACCCCGUUCCUACAUUAGUGGGUGACUUGUUACAUUCCAUCCAUCAUCGAUCAUCUAAAGGGAAAGGAUGCGUUCUUAGAUGUGCACCUCUAUUACAUAAGUGGUUUAUUUCGCACUUACCCCGUUCCGUGAUAAAGAACGAAGAAGGUUGGACUUGGUUUCAAAGGGUCAUGAGGCUUUCUUACGAUGAUAUCGUUUGGAACCAAAAAGAGUUUGAAGGAACCCAUUUAUUUGAUAGUUGCAGAGAUUUCCCAAAUAUACCUCUUCGUGGUACCCGAGGAGGAAUAACUUAUAAUCCCAUAUUAGCUCGACAUCAGUUUGGUUUCGCUUUGAAAGACAAACUAUGCUCCAUAUACCUUAGUGCAGAAAACUUUGAUUAUGAUUCAGAUACAACCGGGAAGAAGAAGUUGUUUAUUAGAGCUUGGUCCAAGGUAAAGAAGGUAGGUACGAGAGAAUUGGGACUAAAGAACUACAUCCCUUCAGAUCUUUAUUUUAGGUGGAUUUAUGAUCGAGUUGUUGAGUAUGGUAUGCCAUAUCCAUCUGAUAUCCCUGUUGUGCCAAGGGUUACCCCUCUGGCCAUUCUUGUGGUUUUGGAGCCUUAUGUUCCCGCUCCAAAUGAAGACCUUGCUGCUACUAUUGCUUCUUUAAGAAGAGAAAAGGAUGAUCUCGAAAGGCGCCUACGAGAUGUUGAAGCAGAAAAAGCAGUGUUGGUGGCCAAUGCCAAAGAGCGUGAUAGUAUGCUUGAUUAUUUCUCCCGUAAAUGGAAGAUUGAGGAUUUCGUCUCUCCAGAUCAGAUACAAUCAUGGGAACAAGAGAUUGAUAAACUCUUCCAAGAAAGAAACGAGAUGAUGAAAGCUCACAAAGAAGAGAUCAGAAGUUUAAAGAGAAAGCGCCGACGCGAAGACUGA